AUGGCGAGCGCUCAGCCGGGGGUCCACGCUCUCAAACUCCAGCCGCCCUCCGUCUCCCAGACGCUGAGGAACGGCAGCAACUUCAUCAAAUGGGACGAGGAUCUGUCCACGGUGUCACCGGUCACUCUUCGUGUGGAUCCACAUGGAUUUUACCUCUACUGGACCGAACAGAGCAAGGACACGGAGCUGCUGGACCUGACCCUGGUGAAGGACGUCAGGACGGGCCGCAGCACCAAAACACCAAAGGAGGCCAAGCUGCGGGAGUUGCUCGAUGUGGGGAACCUGGUCGGUCGGCUGGAGAACCGCAUGGUUACCGUGGUUACGGCUUCGGACCUGGUAAACGUCAACCAGCUGAUCUUCAUCGCUUCACAGGAGGACGAAGCCAAGACUUGGUGCGAGGAGCUGUUUUCUCUGUCUUCCAACCUGCUGAGCCACAAUCUGAACAGAGACCAGAGUCUGCUGAAAGCGCACGUCAGAUUAACUCUUCAGCCGAAUGCAGAGGGCAGGAUUCCUGUCAAGAACAUCGUUCGGCUGUUUUCGUCAGACAGGAAGAGGGUGGAGAAUGCCCUGGAGAGCUGCAAACUGCCCUACGGACGGGGCGACAGCAUCAAACUGGAGGACUUUACUCUGGAGGUCUACCGGAGCUUCCUGGACAGUCUCUGUCCUCGUUCUGAGCUCGGAAACAUCUUCAAACUGCAAGGAGGGAAAGACGGGACGCUGUCGGUCGACCAGAUGACCGAGUUCAUCAACAACAAGCAGAGAGACCCGAGACUCAACGAAAUCCUUUAUCCUCCUCUCCGUCCAGCUCAGACCCACAGCCUGAUGGAGAGAUACCAACACGACCAGGCUCAGCUGAAGCAAGGUUCGAUCUCUCUGCAGGCGUUCGUCAGUUAUCUGUCCAGCGACGAGAACGGAGUGAUUCCACCAGAAAAGCUGGAUCAGUCCGAAGACAUGAGCUUCCCUCUGUCGCACUAUUUCAUCAAGUCCUCGCACAACACCUACCUGACAGCCGGUCAGCUGGCCGGAAGCUCCUCGGUGGAGAUGUACCGUCAGGUUCUGCUGGCCGGCUGUCGCUGCGUCGAACUGGACGUGUGGAAAGGACGAACGGCCGAGGAGGAGCCGGUCAUCACUCACGGCUUCACCAUGACGUCGGAAAUCUCCUUCAAGGAAGUGAUCGAAGCCAUCGCAGAGUGCGCCUUCAAGACGUCGCCGUUCCCCGUCAUCCUGUCUUUUGAAAACCACGUGGACUCGUUGAAGCAGCAGGCCAAAAUGGCGGAGUAUUGCCGAUCGAUCUUCGGAGACGCUCUGCUGAUCGACCCUCUGGACAAAUAUCCCCUGGAGUCGGGCGUCCCUCUGCCCAGUCCUCAGGAGCUGAUGGGCAAAAUCCUCAUCAAGAACAAGAAGUCUCACAAACCGGCCAACAACACGGACACCAAGAGACUGACGGACCAGCCGGCCAAUCAGAGCCAAGAGCCGCUGUCGCCUAGCAACAACACCGGAGAGAUGGAGGCUGAGAGUGAGGAGGAUGAUGAUGAUGAAGAUGAUGAUGGUAAAAAGGGCUCGGCCGAGCGGGAGGCGGUGGCCACGGAGGAAAUGUCAACUCUGGUGAACUACGUCCAGCCCACCAAGUUCAACUCCUUCGAAGCCUCCAAGAAGGCGGCCCGCUGUUACCACAUGUCGUCUUUUGUGGAGACCAAAGCUUUGGAGCAUCUCACAAAGUCACCAGUGGAGUUUGUGGAAUAUAAUAAAUCUCAGCUGAGCCGAAUCUACCCGAAAGGAACCAGAGUGGAUUCGUCGAACUUUAUGCCUCAACUGUUCUGGAACGCCGGAUGUCAGCUGGUGGCGCUCAACUACCAAACCAUCGACUUGUCCAUGCAGCUGAACCUCUUCAUGUUCGAGUACAACGGUCGUAGCGGCUACAGGCUGAAGCCGGAGUUCAUGAGGCGUCCGGACAAACACUUCGACCCGUUUGCAGAAAACACGGUGGACGGCAUCGUGGCGAACACGCUCUCUGUCAAGGUGAUUUCAGGCCAGUUCGUGACGGAGCGGAGGGUUGGCGUCUACGUGGAGGUGGAGAUGUUCGGACUUCCUGCAGACACCAGGAGAAAAGCCCUGAAGACCAAAACCUCUCAGAACAACAACGCCGUCAAUCCGGUGUGGGACGAAGAGCCGAUUGUGUUCAAAAAGGUGAUCCUUCCCACUCUGGCUUCUCUGAGAAUCGCUGCUUUUGAGGAGAGCGGGAAGUUUAUUGGUCAUCGAAUUAUUCCAGUUUCUGCCAUCAGACCCGGUUAUCGUUACAUCGGCUUGAGGAAUGAAAAGAAUCAGUCUCUGAUCCUACCGGCUGUGUUCGUCUACAUCGAAGUCAAAGAUUACGUCCCGGAUACGUUUGCAGAUGUGAUCGAGGCUCUGUCCAACCCCAUCCGAUACGUGAACCUCCUGGAGCAGCGCUCCAAACAGCUGGCAGCUCUGACUCUGGAGGACGGCGAGGAGGACACGCAGCCGGAGGAUGAAGUCGACAACAGCGCCGAGCGGAAGAACGAUCUCAAAUCGGCUCCGCUGGAGAACGGACUGAGUCCCACCUCUGGCCCAGCAGGCCACACCCCCAUCGCCACCACACCUAAAGCUUCUGCAGCCAAUCAGCAGGCAACUACCACAGAAACGGCCAAACCAGCAGCAAAGACUGAGGACCUGGUUUUAAGCAUUUUGAUAGACGUCCCGGUUUGCUGCAUGGAGAAUCUGCAGCAGAGCAAAGUCUACCAGAAGGAGCAGCGACGCCAGUUCAAGGAGCUGAAGGAGCUGGUGAGGAGACACCAGAAGAAAACCGCCGAACUGCUGCGAGAGUUCAACAACAAGUACAAGAAGACGGCGAGACAGUGCAGCAAGAGCAGGGCUUCUUGUUCGGACAGCGAGAAAGACGAACGUCUGCAGCAGCUGAGAGACGAACAGCAGCAGCAGCUUCUGGCUCUGAGGCAGGAACAGUACUACAGCCAGAAGUACCUGCAGAGGGAACACAUCAAAACGCUGACAGAACGUCUCACCAGUCUGGCCGAGGAGAGCCACAACACCCAGAUGAAGAAACUCAAAGACAUCUGUGACAAGGAGAAGAAGGAGCUGAAGAGGCAGAUGGAUCGACGGAGAACAGAGAAGAUCAACCAGGCGAAGACCAAAGAGAAACAUCUGGCAGAGGAGGAGAAGAUUGAGAUCAAUAAGUCCUACGUCAACGAAGUCGUCCAGAACAUAAAGCGGCUCGAGGAGACUCAGACAAAACGCCACGACCAGCUGGUGGAGCAGCACAACGAGCUGCUGCAGGAGAUACAGGACCAGAAACCAAAGCUGCAGGCCGCCGUGGAGGCAGAGUUCCAGGAGAAGUUCCAGUGUUUGCCCGGAGAGAUCGAAGAGUUCCUGCAGGACAGGAAGGUGGAGGUCAGAGGUCACAGCAAGUCCAGACCGUCGACGCCCCACGAAGCUCUUUCUGAGGAGGACUGAAGGGAGCGAACGGACGAAUCGAGGAGGGAACUGAGCAGAAGGUAGCGGGUUGAUGUGCCGAUGAGGGAGUAAAUAAUCCAGAUUACAAAGACUGUUACUUUCCUUUUUAAUGGAAGAACGCUUUAAGAAUUUAUUUUUCGAUUCCAUUUUCCUCGCAUGAACUUUGCUGUACUUCAGCGUUUAAUCAUUUAGUCUUAUUUUCUGUCAUCUGUUACUUUGACAGACAACUGAAACCCAACAGUUUGUACUGCAUGACAACUCUAUCUAUCAAUCUAUCUAUCUAUCUAUUGAUCUAUCAUCUAUCUAUCUAUCUAUCUAUCUGAUCACACAUAAACUCGAGGCCUGUCUCUGUCUUAUAUACACAUGCAGAGACGUUAUACCUUCGACAGCUUUUGCGUUGGUCACAAUCAGUGCUGAUACACUUAUAAUAUACAAGCAUCACUGCUCUAUUCUAUAAUUAUCAUUCUUCUUUUUUUUACUCACAUUCGCACACAUUCCUACGUGGAAAGCUGCACAAUACGUCCACAGUCUGAUCUGUCGGCUCAGCUGGAGGUGAUGACUUUGCUCAAAGGCUCCUCGGCUUUGGCGGUGAUGAUGAUAAUCCGCCACAUCUUGUUUGUUUGGAAAACUAAACUGCAGCUACAAAAGCUAACGUUGCGUAAGAUACGAAGACGAUGCAAACAUCAUAGCAUC